AGGGUCACGCUGUGUUACAGAUCCGCUUCCGUGUUGUGUUUGUUACUGGAAAACAGAAACUGCGUGAGGUGACAUAAUUUUCUAUUGCCCGUCACUGAUUAGACAGCGAUGCUUUUGUAAACCGCUGCGUCAGAAGAGAUAUCUGUUUGGACUAUGUCGUUGAUUCCGGGCUCAAAGCAGAAGGACAGGCGCAUUUUAUGCGGGAUGUGCCCGGACCCGCAGUGUCAGGCGAAGCUCUUCUUCCCCGCACACACCUCCAUGAGCAUCGAGUGCACUGAGUGCGGCCAGAGACACGAGCAGAAGAAUCUCGCGAAUGUGGAGGAAGUGACUGACCCAGAUGUAGUGCUUCAUAAUUUGCUGAGAAAUGCUUUGCUGGGUGUGCCAGGCCCUCCCAAAAAGGGCUCAGAGCUGGUGAAAGUGAUGGGACUGUCCAACUAUCACUGCAAGCUGCUGUCACCCAUCCUCACCCGCUAUGGCAUGGACAAACAGACGGGCACUGCCAAACUCUUGAAGGAAAUGAACCAGGGAAACAUCUUUGACUGCUCACUUCUUGGGGACCGUGCAUUUCUCAUCGAGCAAGAGCAUGUGUCCACUGUUGGGUAUGGACGGGAUCGGUCAGGGAGCCUGAUCUACCUGCAUGACACUUUGGAGGAGAUCAAGAAAGCAAACUUGAAUAGAGAGUGUCUUAUUCCCGUGCAUGUGGAUGGAGACGGACACUGCCUGGUCCACGCUGUGUCCAGGGCGUUAGUUGGACGUGAGCUGUUCUGGCAUGCCCUUCGAGAGAACCUAAAACUCAAUUUCAAUCAGUACCUUGACCGCUACAAAGCUCUUUUCCAGGACUUUAUAGAUGCAGCAGAAUGGGAAGACAUCAUUAACGAGUGUGACCCGUUGUUUAUCCCUCCAGAAGGCGUUCCUUUGGGGCUGCGAAACAUCCACAUAUUCGGCCUGGCGAAUGUACUGCACAGACCCAUAAUCCUAUUGGACUCACUGAGCGGCAUGCGCAGCUCGGGCGAUUACUCCGCCACCUUCCUGCCGGGCUUGGUUCCAGAGGAGCAUUGCAGAGGAAAAGAUGGCACUCUGAACAAACCCAUCUGCAUCGCCUGGAGCAGCUCUGGCAGAAAUCACUAUCUGCCCCUAGUGGGCAUCAAGGGCUUGGCUUUGCCCCGUUUACCUGCUGCGCUGCUCCCGAAAGCUUGGGGUGUUCCUCAAGAGCUGAUUCGCAAAUACGUGAGCUUGGACCCCAGUGGAAGCUGUGUGAUCGGGGGAGACCGGAGCCUGCAGGAUAAGUACCUGCUGCGGCUUGUAGGCGCAAUGGAGGACGUUUUCAUGGACAAGCACGGCAUCCAUCCCGCUCUUGUCGCCGACGUCCACCAGUACAUAUAUCGACGCACUGGGGUGAUCGGCGUGCAGCCGGAGGAGGUCACAGAAGCUGCGAAGAAAUCUGUUCAGGAGGGCCGACUCCACCGCUGCCUUGUCUGCAAUGCCCUUUCAGAACUCCACGUGCCAGCGGAGUGGCUCAUCCCGGGAGGGAAACUCUACAACUUGGCCAAGUCGACUCAUGGAACGCUGAGAGCGGACAAGAACUACAGCUUUCCUUUGAAUAGUUUGGUUUGUUCUUAUAACCCAGAAAAAGAUGUGCUCGUGCCUGACUACAAACUCAGUUCGCUCGCAGCCUGCACCUGGUGUCACGGGACCUCGGUGCGACGCGUUCGUGGCGACGGCUCUGUAGUCUAUUUGGACGGAGACCGUACCAACACUCGCUCACAGGGUGGGAAGUGCGGCUGUGGGUUCAAGCACUUCUGGGAGGGGAAGGAGUAUGAAAAUCUUCCCGAAGCCUUCCCCAUCACUCUGGAGUGGGCCGGCCGUGUGGUGCGAGAGACCGUUUACUGGUUCCAGUACGAAACGGAUCAGACGCUCAACAGCAAUGUUUACGACGUGACAAUGCGACUCGUCACGAAGCACUUCCCCGGUGAGUUUGGCAGCGAGAUCCUAGUCCAAAAAGUUGUGAACACCAUUUUGCAUCACACUGCCAAGCGGAGCCAAGACGAAUACAAUCCAGUUGCCAUCGAAGGUGCUCACGCGCAGGACGGGGAACACGGGAGUGAAUCGGCCUCACGCCCUCCAACUAAAAUCAUCCUGACGGGACAGAAGGGCAAAACCCUGCAUAAGGAGGAGCUGGUGAUGAGCAAAACUGAGAGGGUCUUGCAGCACAGCAUCAGCGAGCAGGCAGCCCUCUCCCAGCGCCGCAGCACAGACCGCGUGCGCCAGCAGGAUCCUCGCCCGUCAUCUCCUUCAUCUUCAUCAUCCUCUGCUCCUCCCACGCCCACCAAAGUGCCACCCACCAGCGGAGAGAAGAAGAUACGUGUAACAACCAGCGAUGGCCGGCAGGCCAUGCUCACGCUGCAACCGCACACCACCUACAGUGAUCUCCAGAACUCCAUCAUCCAGGUCUUCAACUUGUCGUCUGGACAGUUGUGCAUCCGACAUGGCUUCCCGCCGAGAGAGCUGCCCCCACCCCGUCCUGAGGACCAGAACCAGCCAGUGGCACUCCAGCAUGGCGACCGCAUCUCUGUGGAAGCGCUAAAAGAGAGCUCACCCGAUACUCACAUGACCCAGACCCACACUCACGCACCACAAACUCACGCUCACUCUGACACACACCUCAGUCGCACCAGUAGCAGGGAACUUCAGGACAACAUUGACCUUGAGAUGUCAUCACUCUGUCUCCUGGCAGCACUCAUGGGUGAAGAUGUCUGGUCUUAUGCUAAAAAACUGCCUCACCUGUUCCAGCAAGGAGGAGUCUUCUACAAUAUUGUGAAGAAAGACAUGGGUCUGUUGGACGGGAAGCACUGCACGCUGCCCCACUUGUCGGGUAAGACGUUUGUGUUCAAUUCAUCAGAAGAGCGUUUGGAGCUGUGUGUGGACACAGCCGGUCAUUUUCCAGUGGGCCCUGACGUGGAGGAGCUCGUCCAGGAGGCCCUUUCCCAACUCCGCUCUGACGCAGCCUCUCGUAGCCACGAGGGAAGCCCCGCCCACAGCCUGCGAUUGGGCGCCGGUGGUGCGGUGCGCAAGAAAGAGCAGAACGUCACUGCCUUCCAGGGCAAAGGUCACUCCUUGGGUUCCGCCCCUCCUGAACACCCACCAAUCAGGCGGCAACACAGCAGUGGUGUGGAUCUCAGCAGCAGCGUUCGCGACGAAGGCUUAACGUUGUCAGGGGAGGAUUUGGUGCGCGUGGCCCCGGGCAUGCUCACUUUACGUGAGGGCCGCGGCAUGGGGCUGGAGCCCGCCGUGAUCGAGGCCCAGCGGCAGCGCCUGCAGGAGAUGGUCUCAAACAUACAGGCGUCCAUGGACAAACACUUGCGCCAGCAUGCAACAGCAAGGCAUGAUGGGGAGGAAGAAGAGACUCCUGACAAACAGGAGGAGAUGGAGAGUCAUGGGGCGGAGCCUCCCAGCAACUUUGAGCCCAUGGACCAAUCCUGAUGCUUCAUUUCCCUUACAGCAGAGUGAGCUUCCUGGCAUAACACACAUACACACACACACACUGUGAUCCGACUAACAAAUAAGGGUGCAGCGGAUUUACUAACGUAUGCGUCUUUUUAGUGCAAAACGCAUUCCUUAUAUUCUCAAAGUCUUAAGAUGUGAAAUUUGAAGUGAUUAUUUAGGGUAGUGAGUGUUGGCUUUCAUCCACUUCAAAUAUAUACAUGGUGCACACACUAAUUUAUUGCAAGAGAUAGUUCAACUAAAAGUGAUAAUUCUGUUAUUCCUUUACUCAUCCUCAUGUCGUUCCAAACCUGUACAACUUUCUUUCUUCUGUGGAACACAAAAGAUGAUAUUUUGAACUGGUUUCGUCCAUAUAAUGAACAUUGGACCCUAUUGGCUUUCUUAAUAUGGACAAUAAAAAAAACACACUUUAAAAAAAAUCAAAUUCACAGAAGAAAGUAUGUCAGAAUGGCAUGAGGGUGAGUAAAUUAUGACAGAAUUUCAUUUUUGGGUGAAUUAUCCCUUUAAGAUCACCCUUUAGCUUUGCUUGUAUGCAGAUGCAUAGUACUUAUAUAAUCAAAGUGCACUUUGACCCUCAUUGCUGGAUUCACGGCUCUGUUAUCAACAUAAUUACAACCUAAUUCUUCACAAUCAAAUUUGAAACUUUGACUGUCUCACUGAGUCUAAAGCCCUGUGUGCACUUAGUAGUGGCCGGUGGAACAAACCAGGUGUCAGCUCAGUGAUGUAGUCAUCUUUUGGACUUCUCUAGCCUGUAUUACCCACAAUGCAUUGCUGUCUAUCCAAAGAACACUACAUGGGGAAAAGCCUGAAAAAGAGUUCUAGCAGCAUUUCACAUUCACUUAAACGUCCCACUACAAACUUACGGCUCAGAAACCGCUCACAGCAGGUCAGCAUGGAGUAUCCGUAGAUCUGAGAGCAAGUUUCUGUUCUGAAAUCUCCGAUUGGCCUUUGAACUCUUGACAAUGUUGCUUUUAAUGCAGGCCCACAAAAGUCGUUCAGGCUUAUUAUUUGGUUUUGUUGUGCCCUUUUGCAUGUCCUUUCUUCUUUGAACACUGUUCAGUACAAGACAAUUCCAACAGGUUUACUUAGUAUCGGAAUGUAAUGUAGAUUUUGGCUAAAUCCAAAUGGAAAGUAGCAGAGUUGGUGAUACUUUCAGGAUAUUCUGAUUUCAGCGCUAUGGUAAUAUUGUUAGCUGUGUUAGGCCAUAAUAAAACGCUGAAGUAUAGGGCAAAGUGUGUCAAGGACGGUUUGAGUUCAGAAAAAAAUGAUAUCCACAUUCUGUUCUUAACAGAUUUUUCUUGUCACCUUGGCAACCGAUUCAUAGAAACCAAAAACAAAUUACAGUAAGACUGAUUACUAGAGCUCUUGAUCUUUGUGCUUCGGUCACUGGGUAGAACUUAAAAACAGAUGGAAAAUCCUAGAGAUUUUUGAACUCCGUUUAUAUCUAUUGAAACUUUGCUGAGCUGUUGCAUUUAACACGAUGUUGCCAAAAAAACAAA